AUGGAAAACCAAACCAAGCCAAGCCAAGACAGCCCUGCUGUACCUCCCUUGCCUUCUCGGACCACGGACGCGCGGAGACGGAUGCCCCCGCCACCGCCCGGGUCAGAGGCUUUGUUCAUCGGAGGGGACGCGACAGAACCGGGGAGAACACCCGGACGAAGAGGGAGGGAGAAGCGUCCGGCGACGAAAGGGACAACGGGGGGAGCCCCGUCUCUUUUAGCUGCGGGGUCCCUGCUGAGACGGGCGGCAAGCGAGGGACCCCGCCGCCCCCACCCGUCAGACGUGCGAGGGAGCCGGAGGCGAGGAGGUGGCACAAACUCCCCUAAAAGUAGCCAAAAACCGGGGACGACUGCGAGCGGCUGA